AUGGAAUGUGAUACAGCAGAACCCCAACUUUCUUUAAUUUUACCUCAAGCAGGGCCCUUAAAUUUUGGAAAUUUAAGUAACAAAGAAGAGGAGGAUUUACCUAAAUUUGUCUACGCUUAUGGAAGUGACUUUCCAAAAGUAAACUAUUCUUGUGUUUUUGGUUCAACAAUUUCUGUCAGAGGUCAAUGGAUCAGUACUUCUCUUAUACGUUGCGAAUAUCCAAAAAAUAUUUUAAUUGGACCUUCCAAAUUAACUUUUGGAUUAAUUCCUUUAGAUUCCAAACAAUUUGUUCCGAAUAAUCUAGAUUGGCCAACGACUCAUUUUACAUUUUUCUCCAAUAAUUGUUCACCUUCUUGCAAAGGCCAUUGUUUAGGACCUCUUUGUUUAUGUCCAUUUAAUAGGACAGGUCUUCAAUGUGAUCAACCAUUUAAUAAAUUAACAUUAAAUAAUACUGCAAUAUUACAAAAAUUUAAUGGAAAUUUUAGAAAAGAAUUUAUUGAAUUUAUUCCCUAUAUUUUUAAAUUACCUAUUGAGAUUAACCCUUCAAAUGCACGUCUCAGUCUAGAAUCUGAUAUAGAAGGGGGUGGUGGUGGAUUAAAAUUAGAUCCAUUUCAAGAACAAAUUUAUUGGUCUAGUCCAUUGGGUCGAAGCAAACCCUAUUCAAUUUCUUUGAAAAUAGAAAAUGAUGGAGAGGAUCAUCAAUUAAUUAAUUGGACUAUUAAAGUUAAUCCAAGCUAUUCGGCUGAAUUAGAAAGAAGUUUAACAUUAGUGAAUCAAACAAAUGGGAGAGAGUUGAGUGGAAAAAUAAAAUGGGAAGGUAUUUCUAAUAAAAAGCAGCCUUUUGCAUUUAAUUCAAGUCUUCCUUUGCUUAUUCAUAUUUAUGCUACCGAUUCUGCUUGGCCCGUUCCUCUUGAAGAUUUGCCAAUCUGGACAGGGCGGUCUAGUAGUAUGAAUGGUGAAGAGGGUGAUGAUGGGUUUUGUUGCUUCAGACGGUUGCUUUACCCUUAUUUGGGCACUGCUGAGAAAAUAGCUAUCACUGUCAGACAUCCAGGCUCUGAUUUGGAAAAACAUUUACAUAGUCGUGAUCUUCACGAUGAGACAGAUGCGCUUGAAUGGACACAAGAACGUGUAGAAAUAACUGAUUAUUUAAACGAAGUUCAUCCGAAAGAAUGGGAUCAAAAUAACAAAAGUUUAACGUUAAAUUACUCUUUAAGACUUUCCCCUUUGGGUGGAGAUUGUAAGGAUGGAUGGCGUUUUGAAGUUCUUGAACCAAGAGAAUUUAUUUUUAUCGUUGAAAAUGAUAAAUUACAAAUGUUGCAAGACAAGCCUGGAACUUAUCUUUUAAAGCUUAAAUUCCAAUCAUUUGGCGAUAUGGAAAUUUCUGAAGAAAAUAAUGCUCGAAUACCGUUACGUGUUGUAUUUAUGUGUAUGCCUACUGGACAAAGCCUUACCAUAGAACAAGCACUUGUUGGUUUAAUAUUUCCUGGAAAGGAGGAAAUCAAGGCAGUUACUGGAGCUAAAUUAAAUCCGAAGCGUUUAUUUGUUGAUUUAAACAAAAAUCCAUUUAAUGUAAUUUCGUUAAAUAUUUAUUUACCUAAUGAUUUAUCAAAUAAAUUACAAAAAGAUAAUUUAAAAGAAACUGAAUCUUUUUUACCCUUUACAUUAAUUUGGAUUAAUCGACCUUCUCAAAAUAAUUGGCGAUUUUGGUUAAAAUUAAAAUCAGAAGAAAUUGAAAAAUACAAAAAUAUAUUGAAUGAAAGUGGGGGAAAUAUUGAUGGAGCUUUUUUAAUUAAAGGAAAUGAAAAUUUAAUUCUGUCAGUUCCAUAUAGAAUUCAACAAAACAAUUUAAAACAAGAAAAUGACCCUACUUUAUUUUUCUUUACUUUGGUGGUUAAAGGAAUUGGUGGAGGUACUAAUUCUUUACAUCCAACAGAUGUUGAAUUAUUUACUCAAGAACGUGAACAAUAUUAUGCAAAAACUCUUUUUUUAAAUACUCCAGAACAGUUUGGACCUCUUUUUGCUUCCCUCUUUCAAUUAAAAAUCCGUUCUCGUCAUUUCCUUCCAUUUACUAAAUUAAUUAGAAUUAAUCCAUUAGAUAAUAUUUUUAUUGUUGAAUUAAUUCCUAAACCUUCACAAUAUUUUACUUUUGAUGGAAAACAAUUUAAUUCUGAAUGGCAAGGGGUGGAAAGAGUUGAAGAUAAAGAAGAGACUUCAUUAUUCUCCCCUCCAAUUGUUCAUUUUCGUCCAGCUGUUUUUACUCCUCAAUCUCUCUCCAAAUUUGUUGAUGUUGUUUAUGUCCAAGGAUCAACAAACUCUUUUGUUUCUGUCCAGCCUGGAUGGAAUUCUAAUAACCAAAUUUUGGAUUUUCCAAUGUCCAAUUUAAAUUCAAGUCUUUGUUUGGGAUGUGGAUUUCGACAAUUAAUUAAUUUAAAACAAAUUUCAAUGGAAACAAAAUGUGAUGCAAUGACUGUUUCUGUUCCUUUUUGGUCUGCCCAACCUAUUGGACAUUCUCCUGCUAUUUUGAAAUUCUCUCAAUAUUUUUUGUUAACUUCAGAAAAUAAUAAAAUAAAUAAUGAAGAGGAAGAUAUUGGAGAGAAUGAAGAAGAAGAAAAUAAUAAAAUAUUAAAUAAUGAUAAUCAACAAUUUAAAUUUCCCCGAAUUUGUCAUCAAAAAGAAGAUGAAAAUGUGGAUGGGCAAGGUCUUCUACCAUUCGGUUUUCGAACCCAUAUUCUACAAAAUUGUGCAUUAUCUCAUCUUCGUAUUUGUCGCCAACUUUAUAACCCAUCAGGCCCUCGUUGUCAAAAUUGGUGGAAACAAAUACCAGAUUCCUUACUUUCAGUACAUUCUAUCGCCCAAUUUAUUCUUUUAUCAGUUAAUUGUAAUAAAGAAAAGAAUAGUCCAAAAGAAAUGCUAAAAUUAAUUAAAUGUAUUCGAAAAGUUGAUUGGAAUUGCCCUUUACAUCCUAUUGAAUCAGAAAUGGCACCUCACAUUGAAGGACAGAUUUUUAAUCAGGUAAAUAAAACGAUUUAUUACCCUUGA